AUGAUCCAAAAAGAGUUGUCAGAGAUCAGUAAUGACCCCCCUCCAAACUGCUCUGCCUUUCCUCGUGGAGACAAUCUGUAUGAAUGGAUUUCAACUAUUCUUGGCCCCCCUGGUUCCGUUUACGAGGGUGGCAUUUUUUUUCUGGACAUCCACUUCCCACUCGAGUACCCAUUUAAACCACCAAAAGUUACCUUCAAAACACGCAUUUACCAUUGCAACAUCAACAGCCACGGAGUCAUUUGCUUGGAUAUUCUAAAGCAUAAUUGGUCACCAGCUUUGACUAUUAGCAAGUUGUUGCUGUCAAUUUGUUCCCUUCUGACUGAUUGCAACCCAGCUGACCCUCUUGUGGGUUCCAUUGCUAGUCAGUAUGUAAACAAUCGCGUGGAGCAUGACAGAACGGCGAAACUAUGGACGAAGAAGUACGCCAGUGCAGUGACUUACGCCUCGUCGGGUGUAUCUUCUCGUUCAGCCAAUGGGAACGUCUCGAACGCUCCCCGAGACAUUCAGGUUGCUGACAGUAGUCCUGAGGCCGAUGUCGAUGAAAGCACCAGCUCGUCAACUUCCUCUUCGGUAGACUCUUCCAGCGGACAUCAAUGA